AUGUCUCUCCUCUUCCUCAUCCUUCUCUCUCUCCUCUUCGCCUCCGGGGUUUCCUCGCUUCCAGUGACCACCAUCGGCGUCACCUACAACCCCUCCCGCGUCGCCCACCACCCGCCGUCGCCGGACCACGUAGCCUCCCGCAUCCAAUCCUCCCUGAAGCUCUUCUCCGCCGUCCGCCUCCCUGACCCAGACCCGGCCACCAUCCGGGCCUUCGCCUACUCCAACAUCUCCCUCCUCCUCAACGUCCCCAACUCCCUCCUCCCGGCCCUCGCCGCCAACGCCUCGGCCGCCAAGCUCUGGCUCUACACACACGUUCUCCCCUUUUACCCCCGCGCCCGCAUCUCCACCAUCUCCGUCGGCUCCGACGCCCUCCUCGACCCCGACGUCGCCGACCCCGACCUCCGCCUCCUUCCCGCCCUGCGCAAUCUCCACCGCUCCCUCCGCGACCUCGGCAUCCACUCCAUCGCCGUCUCCACCACCUUCUCCUUCGUCCACGUCAUCACCACCGCCUUCCCACCCUCCGCCGCCGAGUUCCAGCAGCCCCUCGCUGACCUCCUCGUCAAGCCCUUGCUCCAGUUCUUGGACCAGACCAACUCCUCCUUCUUGAUCAACCUCCACCCCUACUCCGUGUACAGCCUCAACCACGACAUCCCCAUCGGCUACGCCCUCUUCCAGGAGGAGCCCUUCAGCUUCCGCGACGACCCCCUCACUGGCGUCCGGUACCGGAACCUGUUCGACACUAUGGUCGACGCGGUGAUCAGCGCGAUGGCGGUGGCCGGCCAUGAGAACAUCCCGGUCAUCGUGACGGAGACCGGGUGGCCCAGCGACGACGACUCCAACUACUCGGAGAUGUACAUAAAGGGGUUGAUCCGGCACCUGAGAUCGGGGUUAGGCACGCCGCUGAGGAAGGAAGGCGUGGCCGAGACCUACAUUUACCAGUUGUUGGAUGCGCCGGACGACAAGAACCAGAGCCAGCGGCAGAAUUGGGGGAUUCUCUAUCCCAACAUGACAAACAAGUACCACAUUGAUUUCUCGGCUUCGAAUUCCAUCAUUGCCGGCGGCGGCGGAGGAAGACUUAUUUGGGUGUUCGUUGCGGUUUGGCUGCUUCAUUAG